CUGAUUCGAGUAGGUCGUAGCGAAUGUGUAGUCGUUAUCCGAGUGGACAAAGAUAAAGGUUAUAUUGAUCUAUCGAAGAGACGUGUCUAUUCGAAGGAUCUGAUAUUGUGUGAAGAGCGGUUCGCGAAAGCUAAGGCUAUCAACAGUAUCCUACGUCAUGUUGCCGAACAGUUGGGAUACGACAAAGACGAACAGUUGGAGGACUUGUAUAUGCGGACAGCAUGGCAUUUUGAUCGAAAAGAGAAGAAGAAGGCUGCUGCAUAUGACGUAUUCAAGCGUGCCAUAGCUGAUCCACAUGUGCUUGAUGAGUGUGAUAUAUCUCCCGAAAUUAGAGAAGCACUACUGGAAGACAUCAGGAAAAAGUUAACACCACAGGCUGUUAAAAUCCGAGCGGAUAUUGAAGUAGCCUGCUUCUCUUACGAUGGAAUCGAUGCUAUCAAAGAAGCUUUGAUUGCGGGAAAGAACUGCUCCACUGAUAUUAUGCCAAUCAAGUUCUUUAGUGAUCCACAUGUGCUUGAUGAGUGCGAUAUAUCCCCUGAAAUUAGGGAGGCCCUACUCGAAGAUAUCAGGAAAAAGUUAACGCCACAGGCUGUCAAGAUCCGAGCGGAUAUCGAAGUGGCAUGUUUCUCCUACGAUGGAAUCGAUGCAAUCAAAGAAGCGUUGAUUGCUGGAAAGAACUGCUCCACUGAUAUUAUGCCGAUCAAGAUCAACUUGAUAGCUGCUCCCCACUUCGUAGUCACUACACAAACGUUAGAUCGGGAGCAUGGAUUGACUGCAGUCAACGACGCGCUAAAUGUGGUAAAGGAGACGAUAGAGAAAUAUGGCGGGAAGUUUUCUAUAAAGGAGGAGGCACGCGUCGUGACCGAUGUUGAUGAUAAUGACAUCAAGAAGAAAUUA